ACAGACACAUCCAUUUGUCUUGCUUGACGCGAGUAAUCUGAUUUCUUGCAGAUAUCCCGAAUACGGAAUAAGACGACAAAACACAAAGAUAAUGUGGACCAAUUCUCGACGUGUAGGCUACCACCAGGACCCAACACACUGAUUUCCCCUUGAUCUGACCGACUGGGCCGCAGAACGGGACGCCGCACCACCCAACUGUAAAUUUAGCCUAUCCAUAUCUUCUUCUUUUACUCUCCCUUUAAUACCCCAACACCAAACCUCCCAACUCUUCUUCAUUCUCACCAUCCCUGCUCCGUGGUUAGGCAAGAAACGCCAUGUGUCUAUAAUAAAUGUUGUGUGUGUGUCGUAAACAGUCACGCUUUAGCCUAUACAGGCCUGAAUAAUCUGUCACCCAUCGCAUGUUGAGUGGUUAGCAAGCAUGCAUUGUCUGUAAAAACUGAAACCAGGCUAUACAAUUUAUCUCUUGCGUGUGUUAUUACUAGACAAACCGCGUGCCACACAACCUGUUACAAGCUUCAAUCACUCUUGUGCAUGAAACGACUGCAGGUAAAAAUGUAUCGAAUACAAAUAUAGCGAGCUCGCAGUCAUACUCAAAUAGUUACAUUGAUUUGUCCUGCUUGUAGUCUACACUGGCCUACAGUUGGCUACAGUAGCUAGCAAGCAAACAUAUGACAAAGGUUAGCCUAUGCAGAUUUGGAGCCGUGCCAAGACCGGCACAAGUCUGCCAUUUUCAAAAUAAUGUGUUGCUUUUUGUUGUUGAGUUGACUUAAUGGGUCGUGAUAACUCCUAUUUAGUGCAAAACAGACUUGUCCCGUUAUUUUUUAAUAGAGGAGGACCGUGUUACUUAGGCUAUUUACGCGCAUUGCGUAUUUGACAAUUGAGUCUGAGCCACGUUGUUGCCUUUGUUUUCUGCAAAGUUAACGAUAUAGCAACGUCAAGAUAUGCUUGGCAUCAUAUGGGACGGGGUUAUGGAGGGGACCAGUGGUUUUUAUCCCCCCCUGUAAAUUGCUGGUAGCCUACAGUCAGGAGGUGUAGCGUAUGCACUGCUGUGCUGAACAAAAAAAACACAGCUAGCCAAGAUAAAUCUUAAAAGUAUUUAUAUUAUGUCCAGAUAGGCCUUUAGCCCGUCAAUCAAAAUCGCAUGCAGGUGCACCCAUUUGUUGGUUAUGGGAUGAACCUGUUAUGUUGUGAUGGUGCAUCACCUUCCCAUAUUGUCCAACAUAGCCUAGGAUGGAACAAUAGGCCCCUCCCCAACAACAUCCCCCUCCACCACCCCUCAUACCCCUCAUCAUAUCCCAUCUGUACUGUAGGUACUCCCCUUUGUCAGCUGUCACCCCAUUUCCUCUCUCUCUCUCACUAAUUCCUUCUCUCCCAGCUGUAAUCUGUCUAAAUCUCCUGCUUUUUCUAAUCCCUUUCUAAAUCUAUUUUGGUUUCAGCCACCUUUCUCUCUCUCUCUCCACCUAUUCAUCCUGUCUCUCUCCAGUCCCUCUGUGAGUACAUGCAUUUACCUAGAGCGCAAUGACAGUGGAAAACCUAAAUUAAUUCAUUCCCCAAUGGCGUUAGGUAGCACAGCUGGGACAGCCAACAAUACAUGACGCCUACAGUGUAGUCAAUGGAUUUGUCAGCAUUUGUGAGAUUAGAGUGUAGUGUAGGGUCUGUCUACACACAAGGUAAUUACUUGAGUGGAUACGAUUUUGAUCAUGUUUUAAAGGCAGCAUGAUGACACUGAAUAAAUGUGACAUUCGUAGAAACUAUACAUUGACAGUUGAACAGUUUUAUAUGUGCAGAUAACUAUAAUUUAUUGUACAUUUACUGCGCUCUUAAUCAAGGUGUGUGAAACUGAUUUGAUGGAUUUUCUGUAUUUUUUUCUCCCUCUGUUCCCCAUCCACCCCAUCUUCUGUUUGUUCUGUCUGUCUGUGUGUGUGUGUGUGUGUGUGUGUGUGUGUGUGUGUGUGUGUGUGUGUGUGUGUGUGUGUGUGUGGACCCAGAAGCCAUCCAGGCAUCUGCUGGUUAUGAGCAGGGGGUUGGGAGGGAGGUUUGGGGAGUUAACAAACAUACCACCCACAGCUUUAUCGUAGCCCUCUCUUUCCUCGUGUGUCUAUUUUAUUAACAUGAACUGUUACCACCCAAAAUAUCCCCAAAACUAGCCUACUAAAAACAAAUACAACAUUUCACCCAUAUUGCAUUAGCAUAACAUAGCAUAACACUAGCAUAACAUUACUAUUAGUAUAACUAGCAUAACAUUACAACAAUUCUGUACCAGUGUUCUAUUGACAAUACUUAUACGCUGACACACAUUCUAAUGAUAUACCUAUCAAUACCUUCAAACAUCUAGCAGUAAAUGAUAAUUCCAAACUCUGCUACCAUAGCUUUGAGAGUACCCUGCAUAGAUCAGUCAUUCAACCUUUCCCACUUGUCAAGUGGUUUGAGGGCAGUGGUGAGGCACCUGUUGAGACACACACUCUGGGACCAUGCUGAGCAUCCUGGCUGCCGGCUCCAUCUUCUUCCCGGGCCUGUUCCUACUGUCUAAGAGAUGCCUGAAACAUGCCCCAGGCCUGGGCUUGAGCGAGGGAGACGCCGCCAUCGUGUCUGCCAGGUACACACACAACACAUAAACACACACACACUUACAAGUCAGAUACAUGAGUCAAUGUGAGGACUAUACCUACCUAUCAUACCUUUACCUAUGCUAUUCUGCUUUGCUUGACAUUUUAUACUAUUCUGCUAUGGCUUACAUUGUUGAAUGUCAAUACAUUUUUCUAUGGAGUUGUUAUGGGUAUGAAUAUAUCAAUUGAAACCCCACUCUCUGGCCCCUCUCUCCCCACUAGGCUGGUGUCAUCCAUCCAAGCAAUCAUGGCUUCCUCAGCUGGCUACAUCAUUGCAUCCUCCUGUGAGGACAUCAUCGAGGAUCAGUAAGUACAACAUAAUUAUAAUGCAGUAGUAGUUGCUGUAAAGUUUUGUGUUUCAGGUGUGUGUGUGUGUGUUUAGUGAGGCUCCUUAACAGCUUCUACCCCCAAGCCAUAAGUCUGCUGAACAAUUAAUGAAAUGGCCACUCGGACUAUUUGCAUUGAGGAAAACAUCAGGCAAUAAUUGUGUAUGAUAUUCUGUGUAGAAAAUAACCAUAAUUGAUCAUGUUAUUUUUUCACCAGUCUGAUUUACUGCCUGGUCCUGUCCACUCUGUUCUGAAGGAAACAGAAGACACAUAUGUGUUUCUGAAAGUCUUAUGUUUUCAGGGGUAGCUUCAACCGUUUAAAAGUUAGAGCAACAUUUCUAGGAAGAAAACAGAAACCGCUCUGUUUAUUACAACCGCAGUUAGCAGCUACCGGAGGUUACUCACGUAACCCUGGUUCUAUGAAUCAAGCGCAUUUUCCCCCCCAGAGUUUCUCUCGCGACCAUUUUUAACUGGAACAACCAUUUCAGUAAAUGGUGCAAUAAAUCUAACUGAUUGGAUUAGUUUAGAAUAAUGUAUGUUAUUUAUCCUUAUGUAGCAUAAGAUUAAUCAGUCAAUGUACAUGCAAAAACACAGAUAUUAAAAACAAUCCUAAAAAUGUCUACCUGCAGUAGAGCAUGCUGGGAAAUCUGAAAAUGAUGGGCUUGAUUUUAAUGGGAAGGUUUUACUCUCCACAGAGUAAAAUUGACACAAUCACACUCAACACUGGUUAUUAACCCCAACACUGGGGUUAUUUUACACCAAUGAGUGUUAAUUUCACUCUUACAGAGUUAAUUUAACUCCUGAAUCAACACUCAAAAUGUGACAUUGAAAAAUCAACACAAGUUAACACUGGCCAAUUUGCUGUGUAUGUUUAACUUUCAAUCCAAAGAAAGUAUGAAAGUGUGUGUGUGUGUGUGUGUGCAUGUGUGUACGUAAGAAUCUGUCAUUAUCUCCCUGCUCACCUUGUCCCUGUUAACCUAAUUAGUAUUUCAACCUAAUUAACCUCUGUCUGUCCCCAAGCCAGCAGCACUAUUUUAGUAUCUGUAAUGCAGUCACACAGAAGCCAUAAACCUAGACUGCAGCAUGCUGCUAUGGAAAUGUAGGAGUAGCUACUCAAACAUGUCUCCACUGGUUUUACAACUGCAACUUUGUUAACAGUGGACUACAGCAAAACUAUAUACAAUGCACACUGAAAGUGUCAUGUUUUUGGUUGGAGGAAGAGGAGGAGAGGAAAAGGAGAGGAGGAAGAAAGGAAGACACUUUAGACUAGCGAGAUGCUGUGAUUCUCUGUGAUUCUCGUCCUAAGAUAACUCACAAUGUGACACAGGUGCUCCUCUUAACCCCCUCCCUCUCUCCUCUUCCCCCUCAUCCCUCCAUCAAUUAGGAGGAGGGGGGAGAGAGGGGGGGGGGGAGAGAGAGGGAGAGGAGAAAGGGAGAGGAGAGGAGAGGGGGAGAGAGAUGGAGCUAGAGAGAGAGAUACUGCCCUCCCUCCCCUUGCCCUCAUUUGCCAGUCAAAGUCGGGAGGCGCUCGUGUGAGUGCCGGCUUAUUUGACUACCAAAUCACGAACCCGUCCAAAUCACGCUCGUGCCCCAGAGCAGUGCAUCCUGGCCAGUCACUUAACCCCCUGACAUCUAGGCUGGAGCCUCACAGGAUGCAUCGCACUGAAAUAGGCAAUCGUGUAUUUACAUCGUAGUCACAUAGGCAGGUACAGUGUACAUGUAGUUACAGUGUAGGUACACAUUGUUACAUAGAACUUAAACUAUUACACCUUCCCUUCUCUUUCACUCUUUCUUGCUUUCUCUCACGCUCUCACCUUUCUCACUUUCUCUGUCGCUCACCCCCCCUCUCUUCCCCCCCUCUUGCGCCCCACAUCUCUCCAGACAUUGGCUUACCAGUACCUAUAUCCUGUUUGCGGUGCCCUACUUUGCGUAUGACAUCUACGCCAUGUUCCUGUGCUACUGGCACAAGCUGCAGGUCAAAGGGCACGAGGAGGAGGGCGGCAGGCCUAAGCCAAUGGGCUCGGCAGUGGCCAGCUACCUGCGACGAGAGUUCCUCAUGGUGCUGCACCACGUCGUCAUGGUGACCAUCUGCUUCCCCGUCUCCGUGGUAACUAUCUAUCGCUGUAACUAGGGUGGUGCCAGCGAACUAUUUUGUUAGUCUACUGUGCUAUGGUCUGUCUUAUGUCUAAAAAGGAAAAAAUUACAAAUUAUAAAUGAUACACACACACCCUUAAAGUCUUGACAGAAAGAGAUGGUGAUUUGGUUUGGUUAACAUCCCUUCUAUGGACACUUGUUUUUAAGGAGAGAUAAGGUGUGCGUGUUUGUGAGCUUUUCUUUCAGUGGCCUGUCUAUAUACUUUAUCGGCCAUAUCAUGGCCCUCUCGCUCUCCCUCUCUUCCUAUUUUUCUUCUCUCGCUCUCUCUCUCUCUCCUCUCUCUCUACUCGUCCUCUCCUCAUCUCUCGUCUCUCCCUCAUCCUCGGUUCUCUCUCUCUCCUCUCGUCCUCUCUCCCUCUGCUCUCUUCUCUCUCUCCUCUCUCCGCUCUCUCUCUCUCUCUCUCUCUCUCUCUCUCUCUCACGUUUGGUUAGUUCUGGAGGCAGGGAAAGGGGGAUUACUUCCAGGGUGUCAUGUUCAUGGCUGAACUCAGCACUCCGUCCGUCUGCCUGGGGAAAAUCCUAUCCAAGUAAUACUCACUCACUCCUUAAUCAUCCCUCCUAUCAUGCUCUGCUAUUUCCUCUUCAUUUACCUUUCAUUUCUGUACUCUUCUCUAUACUAUUUCUUACCCUCUUCCUUAUCAUCCUUCUUAUCUAUUAUCUCUUUUCUAUAUUCUAUAUCUAUACUCUUCAUAUUAGCUCUAUCUUCUUAUCUAUAUCUCUCUCUUAUUUCCUAUCUUUCCUACUCAUUCCUUUCCUCUCUUGCUAUCAUUAUCUAUCUCUCUCUCUAUCUUCUCUCUCUUUCUCUAUUCCAUUCUUCUGUCAUUUAAUCUCUUGAUUCAUUUCCUAUCUCUCCUUCUCAUACUCAUAUCUACUUCCUCUCUUUCCUUCUUUCUCUCUUUCCCUUCUUUCAUCUCUUGUUCACUCUUUCCCUCUCUCUUCUAUAUCACUCUGUCAUCUCUUAACUAUGCUUCUUAGAUGACAUCUUCAUAUAUCAUCAUCUUUCACUCUCUCUAGGAUGAAUCUAUAGCAUCUCUUCAGCUACUUGAUAUGCUCGUUUCCUAUCGUACCUUUCCGAUCUCUAUUGCACUCUCUAGAGAGAUUCUAUCGCUCUUUCCCCUCGAUAGCGGUGAUAGCUCCCUCUCUUCUCUAUCUAUCUCUCUCUCGCUCUCUCUUUCUCUCUCUUCCCGCGAUUUCUCUCUCUCUCUCUUUCCUCUCUUUCCCUCUUGCUCUCUCUUUCCCUCUCUUUCCCUCUCUUUCUCUUGCUUUUUCUCUCAUCUCUCUCCUCUCGCUCUUUCUUUCUUUUUUCUCCUGCUUUCUCUCUCUGCACCUCUUCUUCCUUCUACCUUUCUUCCUCAGUCUCUUACUCUCCUUGCAGCAGUCUAAGAACUUGAGUCUUUCUGAUUCUGAAGUGCUCACUUACUAGCUUUCAUGUUAACAUUCUUGUCUCCUGUGAUUUUGGGUUAACAUUUACCCAAGCUUUCCUUCUCUGUCCUUCACCCUGCUCUCGUUUUUUUCCCUCCCUUGCUCCUGCCCUCUCUCUCUUUCGAUCUCCCUUUGUCCCCCUCAGUACAAGAAGCAGCACACUCUUCUUCAUAAAGUGAAUGGCGCCCUCAUGCUGGUCAUUUUCUUCAUCUGUCGAGUUCUGCUCUUCCCCUACCUCUACUACGCCUACAGCAGGUAACAUACUGAACACUGUCUGUCUGUCUGCCUGGCUGUCUGUCUCAGUCUGUCUGCCUGUCUGUCUACUUGUCUGUCUACUUGUCUCUGUCUGUCUGUCUCUGUCUGUCUGUCUGUCUCUAUCUGUCUGUCUGCUUGUCUGUCUGUCUCUGUCUAGCUGUGUCUUUCUGUCUGUGUGCUUGUCUGUCUGUCUGUCUAUCUGUCUAUAUCAGUCUGUCUGUCUGUGUGCUUGUCUGUCUGUCUGUCUGUCUAUCUGUCUAUAUCAGUCUGUCUGUCUGUCUGUCUGUCCCCAACUUCAUCCAUGCAUUUUUUAUCUCACGUUCUUAAGACCUACGAUGGUAGGCUACACGUUUAAGUUUGCAGGCUUCUGACCUUGCUACUUAGCUAGCAGAUAAUAUCAUUCAUAAAUAAGCAACAUUCUUUCUCAUUUUUUGAUUGGCGGCAGGUAGCUUAGUGGGUAAGAGCGUUGUGCCAGUAACUGAAAGGUCGCUUGUUCUACCCCCGAGCCAACUAGGUGAAAAAUCUGUCGAUGUGCCCUUAAGCAAGGCACGUAACCCUAAUUGCUCCUGUAAGUCGCUCUGGAUAAGAGCGUCUGCUAAAUGACUAAAAUGUAAAUGUAAAAAAUGAUUGAAAAUAUCUUCCUUGCUUGCAUGUAGCUAUCUAGCUACUCGUCACCAUUUUUUUUGUUAUCUAGUUCUAUCAAACCUUAGGGAAAACCACAUGAUUUCACAUGGAAAAUGACACGUGAAAUCAUGUAACAACAUGUUAUUUGGAACACUUAUAAUAAUAAUAAUAUGCCAUUUAGCAGACGCUUUUAUCCAAAGCAACUUACAGUCAUGCGUGCAUACAUUUUUGUGUAUGGGUGGUCCCGGGGAUCGAACCCACUACCUUGGCGUUACAAGCGCCGUGCUCUACCAGCUGAGCUACAGAGGACCACACUUCACGUGACAUUUCACAUAUGAAAACGUGCACUUUUGGAACAUGAGUCCUUAUGAUACACACACAGUGCUGUUAACACACAGUGUUUUCAACUUACAUAUUUGACACAUUUUGACAUACUCUGAGUGUACAAAAUAGUAGGAACACCUUCCUAAUAUUAAGUUGCACCCCCUUUUGUCCUCAGAACAGACUAAAUGUGUUGGGGCAUGGACUCUACAAGGUGUCGAAAGCGUUCUACAGGGAUGCUGUUCCAUGUUGACUCCAAUGCUUCCCUUUGGGUGGUGGACCAUUCUUGAUACACACAGGAAACUGUUAUGCAUGAAAAACCCAGCAGCAUUGCAGUUUAUUGCCCAUUCACCCUCUGAAUGGCACACAUACACAAUCCAUGUCUCUAUCUCAAGGCUUAAAAAUCCUUCUUUAACCUGUAUCCUCCCCUUCAUCUAUAGUGAUUGAAGUGGAUUUAACAAGUGACAUCAAUAAGAGAUCAUAGCUUUCACCUGGAUUCCCCUGGUCAGUCUGUCAUGGAAAGAGCAGAUGUUCCUACUGUUUUGGACACUCAGUGUACAGGACUACAUUGUGUAUGUUUAUUGAUACAGUAAUUAUUAUUCAACGUGUCCUCACCUGGGAUUUGAACUCACAACCUCUUGGUUCAUGGCAUUCCAAUUUUUCUGCUACGUCAUUACGUCGGUGUCAAUAACUGAUUUCACCUAUAUUUCUACACUUUGGACAUCAAUGACUAAUGAAAUCUCGGUCGACCAACAGCUUAUCGACUAGUUGACUAAAUGGGGUCAGCCACUAAAAUACACCAUACCAUUUCUUUACUUAUAAUGGUGUGUGAUGGUUUGGGACAAUCUGAAACAUGAGCAAUGGACAUUAGACUGGUGGAAAUUUGUCCUUUGGUUUGUAGUCCAAAUUUGAGAUUUUUGGUUCCAACCGCUGUUUCUUUGUGAGACGCAGUGUGGGUGAACGGAUGAUCUCUGCAUGUGUAGUUCCCACCGUAAAGCAUGGAGGAGGAGGUGUUAUGGUGUGGGGGUGCUUUGCUGGUGACACUGUCUGUGAUUUAUUUAGAAUUCAAGGCACACUUAACCAGCAUGGCUACCACAGCAUUCUGCAGCGAUACGCCAUCCCAUCUGGUUUGGGCUAAGUGGGACUAUAAUUUCUUGUUUUAACAGGACAAUGACCCAACACACCUCCAGGCUGUGUAAGGGCUAUUUGACCAAGACGGAGAGUACUGAAUAUUGAUGAUUUAUAAGGCACAUUUAACAGUUAGGCUAUUGAUUAUAGACCUAAUUAAGUUGGAGUUUCCUCUCUCCUCACUUUUCUUAGACAAUUAAGGCAAGGGCUGUUCUCAUGUCCUAACUCUGCUGCUGCCUCCACCGCAUUGUUCUGAACACCAAUAUGCUGGUUAACUUUGCUAUUAUGCGCAUAGCAACAUGGUCUAGGAAAAGGUGCCAAUUCAACAACAUUUUUACAUUUUAGUCAUUUAGCAGACACUCUUAUCCAGAGUGACUUACAGUUAGUGAAUGCAUACGUAUUUUUUUUUAAUAUUUUUUUUCAUACUGGCCCCCCGUGGGAAACGAACCCACAUCCCUGCAGGCCAAACCCUCCCCUACCUUGGAUGACGCUGGACCAAUUGUGCGCCGCCCAUGGGUCUCCCGGUUGCGGCCGGCUGCGACAGAGCCUGGACUCAAACCAGGAUCUCUUGUGGCACAGCUAGCACUGCGAUGCAGUGCCUUAGACCACUGCGCCACUCGGGAGUCAGCACUGAUGUGUUUCAGAACCGUGGACAGCGACCACUAUCCAACGUGGGAGAAAGCGUAUUUGUUAUAAAAUAAUAUAAUUUGUAUUAGUGUUGCACCAUUGUUCUUAUGUAAUAUAACCAUAUACAAUUUCAGUAGCACAUGUCUUAGAGUGAUGGACAUGUUACAACAUGUGAGCACAUGUCAAAACAUGAUCUCAUGUCUAGCGUGAUCGUCUUUAAGGCCUCCACAAUGGAUUAGUCUACUCAGACAGGCGCGAAUCAGACAGGUGCCUUGUACACCAUGAUAUAUAUAUUUUUUAGCUACUGCUCAACUAAUUAAAUCUCGGUCGACCAGCAGCUUAUCGACUAGUUGACUAAAUGGGGUCAGCCACUAAAAUACACCAUACCAUUUCUUUACUUAUAAUGGUGUGUGAUGGUUUGGGACAAUCUGGGACCAUCACGUGACGUCCUGACGACUGGUAAAACAAAUGCCUUACAAACAUCUUAACAUGGUCCCUUACGGAAAAACAACUUGAAUUUCACGUGAUCACAUGUUUCACAUGUGAUCUUGUGAUCUUAUGCGAAGGUAAUGUGACAACAUGUAAAGCAACAUGUGAUAACAUGAAACUACACGUUACAACAUGAGCACGUCAAAACAUGAUCUCAUGUGAAGUGUUCCAAAAACAUGUUUGCAAGUGAUUUCACAUGUGAAAUUUCACUUAUACAUGUUUUGACACAUUUUCACAUGUGAAAUGUCACGGUAAUGUUCCAAAAAAACACAUUUUCACAUGUUUCGUGUAGUUUCAUGUUAUCACAUGUUGUUACAUGUUAUCACAUUAACAUAAAAUGACGUGAUCGCAAUGUGAAAUUCAUGUGUUUUUUCCGUAAGGGAAGCAUUCUUCCUUGAUUAUUUGUAUUAAAUCAGAUUGUUCAGUUUAAAGUCUUUAGCCAUAAACCAACAUCCUUGCUGAUAGCUAGCUUGAGCCAAGGUGUUUUGUUUUAGAACUUGUUCAAAUGAACAAGUUUGCGCUAAGUAAGUUUUAAAACAUCUGGGUAAGCUUGUUAGCUAGCAUCAUUAAGCGAACAUAAACCCUCAUUCCCCCCUACUCCUCACCCUCCUCCUCAUUGUGUUGCAGGUAUGCCUCCAUCCCCCUCUACACAGUGCCCCUGGGGGCUCCCUGGCAGUGCAACGUGGGGGCCUUCUGCCUCAUGGCCCCACAGGUCUACUGGUUCACCCUCAUCUGCAGGGGCGCCUUCCGCCUCUUCACCGGGGCCUCGGACUCCCGACCCCCGGCCCCCCUCAACAAGCCUGAUGGGGGCUGCUGCCCCGGCCAGGGAGACGCUUUACCUCCUCCAGCCAACGGCUACAGUCCCGUCCCCUACCAGGCAGACAGAGAGACCGACACGCACUGAGAAAGAGAAAGAAAUAGGGAGGGAGAGAGAGGAAGAGAGAUCACUGUGGGGAUGGGGCCAGCCAGACCAGGCCGGGGGAGGGAAGACGGAGGUCUGUCAAGGGAAUGUAUUGUACUGUAUUGCAAUGACACUGUAACCUAGGAGAGAGAAGAGAGGGAGAGAGAAAAAUUGUUUCUCAUCCUCUACCACUCUCUCCCUCCCUCCAUCGCCCCUUUAGAGUUACAUGGACCUCUGGAAGAAGAGAGAGACAGAUGGAAAGAGGAGAGGGUGAAGAAAGAAAGAAAGAAAUGAAUAAGGGAGAGAGACAGAUAAAAGCAUAGACAGGAGAAAGACUUGUGAAAUGGCAAGUAUUUAAAUAUUACGUGGUUGUACACACUGAUUUCAAACUGAAUGGG